AAGUAGUGUUGGAAAACGCCCUCCGAAAAUCAGCUGUGAGCGGUGCUUGUAAAAAAAACUGUCAGCUUCACAUAACAUCAGAGCAAAUUUUCAGCCUUUUCAUUAUUUUGGAAACGCCAGAAUGCUGACGAACUGUGCCUCCAAGACGCUGGCCGCUGUGCGCGCCAACAUCCGGGCAAUCGCCACCAGCAGUGCCCGGGCCAGCGAAAAUCUCUUCGUGCACCGCGACACGCCCGAGGAUAAUCCCAACAUCCCGUUCGAGUUCACGCCGGAGAACAAGAAGCGCGUGGAGGCCAUUCUCAGCAUCUAUCCGGAGGGCCACAAGCGCGGCGCCAUGAUCCCGCUGCUCGAUCUGGCCCAGCGCCAGUACGGCUGGCUGCCCAUCUCCGCCAUGCACAAGGUGGCCGAGAUCCUACAGCUGCCCAAUAUGCGCGUCUAUGAGGUGGCCACCUUCUAUACAAUGUUCAUGCGCAAGCCCACCGGCAAGUACCACAUCCAGGUGUGCACAACCACGCCCUGCUGGCUGCGCGGCUCGGACGACAUCCUGGAGACCUGCAAGAAGCAGCUAAACAUCGGCGUCGGCGACACCACCAAGGACAGGAAGUUCACCAUCUCGGAGGUGGAGUGCUUGGGCGCCUGCGUCAAUGCGCCGAUGGUGGCGAUCAACGAUGAUUACUAUGAGGAUCUGACCGCCAAGGACAUGCAGGACAUUUUGAACGACCUGAAGGCGGAUAAGAUCUCGCCCCCUGGUCCCCGCAACGGUCGCUUUGCUAGCGAGCCGAAGGGCGAGCCCACUUCCCUGAGCGAGGAGCCCACUGGUCCCGGCUUCGGCCUGCAGGCCGGCCUCUAAAAGACCAGCAAUGAGCAGAACCUAUCACUGAUUGUCGAACGAAAGUUAAAUAAAUAUUAAGCAACUCUUAGAGGUCAUUGAUAA